CGGUUAGCCAUCCCUAGAAGGUCUAAAUGAAUAUUCCCAUGGAACGGAUUGGGAUUAAAUGGUUGGCAUGCAUGCAGCAUGGGUGUUUAAUAUGUAAAACGCGAAGGAUUAUCAUUCACGAACGAAUCGCGAUGACGGCCUAAUUUAUAGUAAUUGGUGUUUUAGGAUUUAAAAAAUAGAGCGUUCUCCUUGAGCCACGUACAUACUGUGAUUGCCUACGCGGUAUAAUCGUGUAAUUUGGAUGAUGCAUUGUAUGUAUAUUCUAAAAUGAUUUUUAUACAAUAGGCUUCAUAUCGGUGCCAACUUUCAUUCAGGAGUGACGUAAUACAAAAUUGCGCUCCGUUAGGCAACCUAAAAUAUUGCGCUACACCACUGUUUUUAAUAAAUGCAAAGCAAUUGCCGUAUGUGGUCAACUGAUAAUACCAGCACCGUUUUGAUUGAGACAGCAUCAUUGCCUGUCUUGGGUUACGCAUGGGAGCUCAUCUUGAUAAAUCAGUCAAUGUCCGAUUUUUGUUUUCAGUGAAUCUCCGUUUGGAUAUUUUGUUACAAUUAGGCUGGGAAAUAUUAGGAGAGAUGUGGCGAAGAGCUAUGCAGAGGUGAGGGUUACAGGAGGAGAUUCGUCUCUCCACAUCCGGACUCCUCGGGGCCUGCUAAUCGUGGAGCUGCCAGCAGGGGUCAGCCUCGUGGAGGGCUCCUGCAGGGAGGCACCUGAAAGAGGAGAUGAGAUACACUUCAGAAUGCGCCUCAAUGUGGACCAGCACACAGAUGACACAGGGGCCCUGGGGAGUGUGAUGGAGAGGCUGCAGGUCCGUGAGAGUUAUUCCUUCCACUGCCAGUCCUGUGGGACCAGGGUGCUGGAGGAGAGGGUGUUCAAGCGAGUGCUCCCUCUCCCCAACUGCAACUGGAGCUCCCUGGUGGAUGACUGGUGCUGCCAUCCGGACCCCUUUGCCAACCUGAAGCUGCUGCCCCGAGCGGAGGACUGUUUACUGGGCGACACUCACUUCCUUGUGCCCCUGGAUAGAGGCUGUGAGGAGACUCUCACCCAGGAGCUCAGCCCCAUCACCAACAAAAUGGCUGAGGGUCAAAAUCAGGACACACCGAAACCCAACCGCAGGCGUACGCUUGUCUCCUGUAAAAGCUGCACAGCCGGCCUGGGAGAGGUUGUGGCACCAGGGACCUUGAAACUCUACAUCACAGAGGUGACGGUGAGACCCAGUGUGGGAGACAGCCAGUUUGAUACCUCUCCAGACAGGUCACUGUUCCUGGAACAGACAAUUGCUGCCAGACUGGUGGAGCUGUCCUCCUCACAGAGCGUGUUUCGUUUCUCUAUCCAGGCAUCAGAUGGAAAAGCCUUCAUAUUGCUCUGGCUCCUGAACAGCGACUCCCUCAUUGCCUCGUUCUCUGCCACUCCGUCAUCGACUGUCAGAGGUGAUGCUGUCACAUCUCCCGGCCACCGCCAGUGUUCUGAGUAUCAAUCACCCACUGAGGCUGGCAGCGCCGUCAAAGUUCUCUAUCUCCCCUGUUCUCUCUCUGCCAGCACACACCAGGAUGUUGUAGACACCUGGGAGAAGGACAUCGGUGUCCACCCCCUAGAACUGCCCCUGACCACGUGCCAGGAGCUGUUGUCGGUGCUGACAGCCAGUACUUCCUGUCUCCCUCCGUCGCUGCAUUCCAUGAACUCCUACCAGGUGGCGUACAUGAGACUGUAAUGUCAGAGGUCAAGAGCCAUGGAUCCACUCAUCUUUCCUAGAGGGAGGAUCAGCAGAAGAAACACUGGAACACUAGAGUACAGUUACUUAUCUGUCUUAGGCUGUGUUCAAGACGCACGUAAUGGAAAACCAAGUUCCAUUGCCCAAGUUCAGCUGGUGCAUACCUCCGAGUCGAGCGUUCUCCUCCUAAAAGAACGAUCAUUCCUUUAUACGUUUUGAAAAGGUUUCUUCAAUUUGGUCCUACUGAACAUGACCCUGAUAGCUGCUGUAAUGCAGA